GGACGACGCAUUUUUCUCUGGGCAAGGGGACGAAAAGGGCACGGCUUAAAGCGAUAGAAACCCACAGCUUGGGCUGUGCAAUCACAGUAACAUAUUCGUAUUUAUUACGUUUGCAAUGCAAAAAACAAACUGACUACGAACUUGAACAAGGCUUUGGAUCGAGGACAGACCCGAGAACUCAACCCCACAAGGAAUUUGCACUGCAAUUCUAGACGCUGGUAUUGCAGUUGUUUAAGAAACUUGCACUGUGGUUGCGAAAAGAGUGGAAAAGGGGGAAGACUUUGAUUUCACGAUGGCAGCCUACCAACACCCUGAAGAUGACACCAUGGUUCUAAUGACUGACAACACUUCCACAGCUAGCUCCAAAGACCGGGUCAAGAAUGAGUCAUCCCCGGACAAGGCUGCGGAAAAACCCGAUCCGACUCAGAAACCUCCCUAUUCUUAUGUGGCCCUCAUUGCUAUGGCUAUCCGAGAAAGUCCAGAGAAACGACUCACUCUUUCUGGCAUCUACCAAUACAUCAUUACUAAAUUCCCAUUCUACGAGAAGAACAAGAAAGGCUGGCAAAACAGCAUCCGCCACAACCUGAGCCUCAACGAGUGUUUCAUCAAAGUGCCCAGAGAAGGUGGCGGGGAGAGGAAGGGCAACUACUGGACUCUAGACCCGGCUUGUGAAGAUAUGUUUGAAAAGGGCAACUAUAGAAGGAGGAGGAGGAUGAAGCGCCCUUUCCGACCACCGCCUACCCACUUCCAACACAGCAAGUCGGCUUUAUUCGCUAGUGACAGCUAUGGCUACAUCGGCCCUCCCAAGUACUUGCAAUCGACUUUCAUGAACAAUUCCUGGCCUCUUGGGCAGCCGCCUGCGCCGAUGUCUUAUGCCUCCUGCCAAAUGGCCAGUGGCAACGUUGGCUCUGUCAAUGUGAAGGGACUUUCGGGGCACACGUCCUACAACCCUUAUUCCCGAGUGCAGAGCAUGGGUCUGCCCAGCAUGGUGAACUCCUAUAACGGCAUGAGCCACCAUCAUCACCCCCAUCCCCAACAACUCAGCCCGGCUCCCCCGCCUUCCUCCAGCAAUGGAGCCGGUCUGCAGUUCCCCUGCGCCAGGCAGCCUGCUGAUCUCUCCAUGAUGCACUGUUCCUACUGGGACCACGACAGCAAACACAGCGCACUACACUCAAGGAUAGACAUUUAAGACAAACACCGGCGAGAUAUUAUUACAUAAUUGAUUUGCCCCAAAUCCCCACCUCUCUUUAAAUUGUGCCAAAUAUUUACAGUGAUGAUCCCCACCAGGUAGUGUAAGUGUUUUGAACUUUUAUCUUUAAAACACAAGAAAAAAAUAUGGGAUGCCCAUUUGGGAAAUGAACUGUCUUUUUAUGUACUUUAACUAUUCGUUACUAUAAGAACAUUUGUAGAUUCGUUAAUUUUUAAGUAUGUCUGACCAAACUUUGUCCAAUAAUAAUAUUAUGUUUCCUGAUGAUGGUCUUUAAUUUUCUUGUCAUCUGGGUCUUUUUUUAAAUGUGAUACCCACUGAAAUCGAAUUUUAAACUUGCCAAUAUUGUUCCAUUUAGAACUAUUGCCACAAUUUUAAGCAAGUUUAUAAGCCUGUGUUUUUUUUUCUAGAAAAAAGAAUGUUAAAGCUCUUGUAACUGAUCUGCGUGUUGGUAGCUCUGCUCGCUCUGCAGUUUGGGACCAGUUCAAAUGUAUAGCACUUUCCUACUUGUACUCUUUAGAUUUGUAACCUUUA